AUGCAACUCACAACUCUCGUAGCCUUUGCCAUACUCGCGGCGUCCGCGGCUGCGGGGAUCGUGAAGCGAAGCGGCGAGGGCGUCCACCUCGCCAAUUGCUACCAACAGUCACCUUUGGGCCAGAUACCAUUCUCCCAAAUGCUCUACUAUGCCGAUGACGCCGAAGCUAGUCAAAAUGUAAAGCCCUCUAACUCAAACCAGUGCCGCGUCACAAACCCAGGAGGGGGCGGUUGGAAGCAGUGGGAGGGGAGCUCGAUUACUUGCACUUUCCCGUCCAACACUUACUUCACGUCGAGCAUUCAGAGUGGUGCCAGCUCCUACAGCGUGGGUGCAUACGCCGGGUCCGGCCGUAACAAUUACCAUAAUUUCAACUGUUACCGCGAUAACAACCACCAACUUUUUAACGAUGGCACGUAUUCUUGCUGGAGUGUCUACUAUUGUCUCGAUGUAAGUAUCCCCUGUAAUUUGGAACGAGCGAAUACUGAUGGUACCGAACAGGCUUGA